AUGUUUAGAGGAAAUAAAUAUGAAAUGAAUUUCCAUCGUAAUUGCUUUAGGAAAAAUUUUGGAAAUUACUUUGAUUUCUUGCAGUAUUUAUCAAACCCUGCUCUGGCAAAUACUAGUGUUGCAAGUACAACUUUCCUAACCUGUACUUCAGGUCUCUUUACACUCUUCUUUGGAGCUCUCCUGGGCCAGGACACUGUAAAUGUUGCAAAAGUGGUCGCUGUAUUUAAUAGCAUGGCUGGUGUUGCUAUGACCACAGUUGGAACGACAUGGGCAUCAGAUGAAAUGCUUAGCGUCUCUGAAACUAGAAGGCACUCCAUCACCGGGGAUAUGUUUAGUCUUCUCUCAGCAAUUUCAUAUGGCUUAUUUAAGGUUCUGCUCAAGAAAUCUGCUGGAUCAGAAGGAGAGAAGGUUGAUGUGCAAAAGUUCUUGGGAUACAUUGGUCUCUUCACUCUUCUUGGCCUUUGGUGGCUUGUGUGGCCACUUAAUGCUGUGGGGAUAGAACCUCCAUUUAGCUUUCCACAUUCAGCAUCUGUUGGGGAAGUAGUGCUGUUUAAUGGCUUUGUGGGUAGCGUUCUGUCAGACUACUUCUGGGCCCUUUGUGUGGUUUGGACAACUCCAUUAGUUGCAACAUUUGGAAUGUCAUUGACAAUACCCCUUACAAUGAUAGCUGACAUGGUUAUACAUGGCCGACACUUUUCUGCAGUCUACAUCAUUGGGUGCAUUCAGGUGUUUGCAGGUUCUGUUAUAGCUAACAUGUUAGACAAGUUUUCGGCUAAAUCGGAGCUGUAGCAGUCAUUCGUGAGUUUGAGAGAGAAGAACAUAAACGUUUUAUGUAUGUAACAAACCAUGAAAAUAGGGAGUGUAGGAGCUUGAAUGCCUCCUGUUGUUAUUUGACAAUUACAGGAAAAACAUGAACAAUAAGAUUUUAACUAAACAUAAUCAAUACUUUGCCGUUUUAAAUUAGAGAUGUGUUAAUCUCGGAGGAAGAAUGGACAAAGUUUAACAGUUUGAUUGGAUAAGUUCAAAUUUUCAUUACUUCUACUUGUAUGUACCGUAGUAUAAUAUUUGAGUUCAAUCUCAC